ACAGCGAACGCACGUUGGAACGAGAGCCACGCGAGACACUGUGCCUUCUCCAUACCUAUGAUACCUCGUCUUGACCCUAAAUUCUGGGCUGCAAGUUCAUAUGGAACGGUACUGGAUCUUUUAUAAAUACAUUGUCGGAUGCACCCAAACAGCAUGGGUCAUCACUCUUUGCGCUGUCGCCCUUGAUCUGCCUUCACCUUCCAUCUUUUUGGCGCAGCUCUCAGUCGUUUGCACGUUUGUCAAAACCAGAAAACAAACAUCCCACCUUUGUUCUUUACAUUUCCGCGUCAAUCUGCGAGAACUUCGUCACACGCGUAUCUAGGACGCGCUUUGAGUUUGAACGAGACUCGCAUCUUUGCCUUACAGCUCGACGCCUUGUUCACAGCUUCAGCCCCUGGAGACCUUCCCAAC